GGCGUUUCGUAAGGUAUAAAUUCGGCCGCGUCGGCGCUUUUCGGUCCUUUAAGCAGUUGCAGCCGAGCUGUGAGUUUCUCUCGAAAGAACCACGAUGCAUGCCGAUGACUUGACAGUUUGGCGGGAAGCGUGUUGUGUUCGGUUUGCAUCAAAGAAGUCCGAGGGUGGCCAUGAUGUCUCAGUCUCAGGCCUGUAAUGCCAGCACUUGGGAAUCGGGUGCUUCUCCUAGCUAGAGGGUCAGGAGAAGAUAGACAGUUGAGGCCCUUUGGGCGAGACAAACUCUUUACUGUGUCUAACCAACGUGGAUACCCCGGGAGGUCACUCUCCCCGGGCUCUGUCCUGGUGGCGUACGGGAGCAUAGGGCUCUGCCCCGUGAUGUACAGUCCCUUUCCACACCGUUGGAGAUGAAGCUGGGCUUCGAGUCUGCGCCUGCAUAUUCCUACGACUUCUCAGAGUCCUGUGGACGAUGACUGAGGAGACAAACCAUGCAGGAAACAGUCUUAAAUCUCGAAAUCUUGUUUCUAAAUUUGCUUUAGAUUUUACUUACUGAAAAGAAAAAUGCUUUCUUUUGCAGAACUGACCAGUGAUUACAAGUAACUCUUUGUUGAGGAAAGAAGAGGAUUUGCACAGCUACCCGCUGAAGGUCAACUUGAUGCUUGACUUUGGAGUCUUGUAACUAUAUGUAGUUUGGCAAAGUUUUGUUUGUUUUUAUGGGUUCAACUCAGUUGUCAGUACUAGGCAAGCACUUCUGCCUAGGUCUUAGUCUGGUAAAUGUAGAUUGUAUAUAUUCAAGAGACCUUAUUGAUGUCUAGAACUUUAUAUUUGUGCCCUUUUGAGGUCCAUGUGUUGUGUGUGAAAGUAAUUGCCUAGUAUGUGUGAGGCCCUGUUCCUUUCUCCAAGGGGCCAUAUAAACCACAAGUGGUACUUCAUGUCUAUAUUCACUAUAAUACUAGAGUCAAGUAAUUUCUAUUCCUGUAAAUGUGAUAUGCCUGACGAAACUAAUGUUAAUAUUUACGUGAAUUAAAGGACUAAUUUCGACUAUCUGUUUCCUCCUUGGUUUACUGUUUCAGUACACGGAUGCAGUAGAGUGCAGAUGGUUUCUAGUUGGUCAUGUUCACACUGAGUGGAUAUCAUGCACCCAAGGGUUGAGAAUGAAUUCCUUGCUCUGGAAUACAUUGCAAUAGGUCUGGUCCAGUGAGUGAGCAGCGUGUUGAGGGUUCAGCUUAGCCAUGACUGGCCUUGUGAUGUGGUGGAGAUGGUAGCUAGGUCAUAAUGGGAAGUCUUGAUGACUUCCUGUGCUGGCUGCCCUUAAUGUUGGGAAAGUCAAGACCCAGAAUGAUGGUGGAAAAGGAGAAGCCAUGUGAAUGAUUAAGAUCUUGGAGAAAGACAGCAGAGAGAUCAGAAUUUAUCAUCCAAGAGAGGAGGUCAUGAUGGAGGCAGAGGUAAACCUGAAAAGGACAGGAAGAUGCCACCCAAGCGCAUAGCUAAGAGAAGGUCACCCCCUGAAGAUGCCAUCCCCAAAAGCAAGAAGGUGAAAGACGCUCGUAACCGCGGUCCUGCCGCCCGCUCCUGCCAAGUCUCACACAGGUCCCACAACACAGAGCCAGGUUUGGUGCUGACCCUGGGCCAGGGCGACGUGGGCCAGCUGGGGCUGGGCGAGAGUGUGCUGGAGAGGAAGAAGCCAGCCUUGGUGCCCCUUCUACAAGAUGUUGUGCAGGCUGAGGCCGGGGGCAUGCAUACCGUGUGUCUGAGCCGAAGUGGCCAGGUCUACUCCUUCGGCUGCAAUGAUGAGGGUGCCCUGGGCAGGGACACGUCGGUCGAGGGCUCAGAGAUGGUCCCUGGGAAAGUGGAGCUGCAAGAGAAGGUGGUCCAGGUGUCGGCGGGGGACAGCCACACGGCAGCCCUUACCGAAGACGGCCGUGUCUUCCUCUGGGGCUCUUUCCGGGACAAUAAUGGUGUGAUCGGGUUGUUGGAGCCCAUGAAGAAAAGCAUGGUGCCCGUUCAAGUGCAGCUGGACAUGCCUGUGGUAAAGGUGGCCUCAGGGAACGACCACUUGGUGAUGCUGACGACUGAUGGAGACCUCUACACCUUGGGCUGUGGGGAGCAGGGUCAGCUGGGCCGUGUGCCUGAAUUAUUCGCCAACCGUGGUGGCCGUCAGGGCCUUGAGCGACUCCUGGUCCCCAAGUGUGUGCUGCUGAAAUCCAGGGGAAGUCGGGGCCGUGUGCGGUUCCAGGAUGCCUUCUGUGGGGCCUAUUUCACUUUUGCCAUCUCCCGUGAGGGCCAUGUAUAUGGCUUUGGCCUCUCCAACUAUCACCAGCUUGGAACUCCAGGCACUGGAUCUUGCUUCAUUCCUCAGAACUUGACAUCCUUCAAGAAUUCCACCAAGUCCUGGGUGGGCUUCUCUGGUGGCCAGCACCAUACAAUCUGCAUGGAUUCAGAAGGAAAAGCAUACAGCCUGGGCAGGGCUGAGUAUGGGCGGCUGGGCCUUGGAGAGGGUGCUGAGGAGAAGAGCAUACCCACCCUCAUUUCCCGGCUGCCCGUCGUCUCCUCAGUGGCCUGUGGGGCCUCUGUGGGGUAUGCUGUGUCCAAGGAUGGUCGUGUCUUUGCCUGGGGCAUGGGCACCAACUACCAGCUGGGCACAGGGCAGGAUGAAGAUGCCUGGAGCCCUGUGGAAAUGACUGGCAAACAGCUGGAGAACCGAGUGGUCUUAACUGUGUCCAGCGGGGGCCAGCACACAGUCUUAUUAGUCAAGGACAAGGAACAGAGCUGAUGAAGUCUUUGUGGGCCUGGCUUCUGGCCCCCAACCAGCUUUCUAGAACAGAAGAACAGCCAACUACAGAUUCCAGAAGGCCCUUCCCCACCCCGAGCAGCUAUCAUCUCCUUUCCCAUCACCACAGCAGAAUCCUUUCCUUCUGUUUCGUCCUCUUUUCUGGUCAUCCUGGGACUUGCAGGAUGAGGGGGGAUGGGAAGGCGUCUUGGAAGGAGCUUUGCUUUCCUUAGACUCAGUCCUUAGACCUUUCCCUUGACUGCCCUGCCUCCUGCGGUCCGAGCAGGCUCUGGCUCUUGCCUACAAAACCCAAAACUUCCUGCCCUGGGGUUUUGGUACCUACACUCUGAAAAGUUGGGAACUCCAUCAAGCCACCCUUGCUGUGUGCCACUUUUUCUGUUCCUAACAUUAGUUUACAAGGAGACAAAGCGUGUAGUCAUCAGAUCCAGUUGUCGUGGACCCAUGCCUGGGGAGAGCUGGACAAAGGCUUUACAAGGCUGUGGGUGACCCUAAGCCAAAUGUUUGGCUCUAAACAGGUGUCCAUGGAGGAAAACAGUGACCCACUGGAAAAAAAUCCAACUAGCUCUCCCAUAAGCACAAAGCACCCCAUUGUCUCCUGGGCAUCACCUGUGCAUUCCCCAUCUGGUCAGCCUUUCUGCCCCUGAGGACUGGGAAGCCAUGCUGGGCUCUGCUGGGCAGUCAAGGCAGGGUAUUGGGCAAGGGAGGGUGGAGGAAGGGCUUGGAGGGGCAGAGGCUGGUCCUAAAAGAAGGAAGUAACAGUGGCUGAGAAAAUAGUUUUAAUUAUAAAAUAUUUUGGAAGGGAGAGUGAAAUCUUUUAACACUUUGAAUAAAUUUAGAGUUUUAUAAAAAUGG